AUGGCUAAUCGAUCUAUAUCUGAUUAUCAACAAUCAACAAAAGAAUAUCUAAUUUACUUUAUUUCAGCUUUCAAUGGCGUUCAAUUAUCAAAGAAAGAUCAAGUGAAAUAUCAACAGAUUAUUCAAUUCCUUAGUACACAAUCUGAAGAUUUCCAAUUUAUUCAACCACGUGAUACUUUUCGACCACGAACAAAAAAAGAAAGAAUGGAAUCAUUUCAUUUUCUAUGCCGUCAAGAAGGAGACGAAUAUGAAUAUCUGACUACAACUAUACCACACAAAUGGCGUUGUCGAAAAAAUUAUAUUGAAGUAUCUCUUCUUGACAUUGAUAAUAAGCCACAUCCAUAUACACUCGAGAGUAAAGAAAGUAAUAAAUCAUCACUGGUUUUUGAACCAAAAGAAUCGAAUAAAUUAUGUUUCGAUGUAACUGAUGAUGAUUUUGCAAAAGGCUAUAAAAGUUAUAAAAUUGGUUUUAUCAAAAAUAAACAGAAAGAACAAAUAACAAAAGAGAAAAGUAAAAAUCGACAACUCAAUAAACUCAAACUUCGCUUCACAUGUUUCUAUGAAAAUCCUAAUGGUUCUUUUGAACCAGAUGAAAGUAGUACUAUAGAUACUGUUGUAAUGACAGAAGAUAAUGGGAAAUUUCGUGUGGAAGAUGUUUUUCCAUUAAUUGAACCAAUGUGUAGUAGUCAAAAAGUAUGCACCGAACCAGAAGAUCCUGAUUUAAACGAUUUCAAUAAUAAUUUUCAUAUCAAUAUAAUUAUAAAUGAUAUCAAUCAGUCUUAUGAAAUAGAAGAGAUUAAUAUGAAUGGAAGUAAUUUUACACUUGAUAUGCCUAUAUAUUUAAAUAAUCAAAUGAAACAUGUUGAAGCGAAAAUUAAUACAAAAUAUAUAAUUUAUCAAUGUAAUUAUCUCUAUAUCAGUAGUUUGAAUAACGAAUUAGCUAUAAAUACUUUCAAUGAAUCAGAUAAAUAUGUUGCUGCUAGUUUUUCAUCAUUGGAUGCAUCAUCUGCUUGGUCUUUCAUGGGAUUGAAUUUGGAUAUCGAAGCCGAAAACGUCAAAGAAGAUAAAGAAAAUAGUGCAUUUUAUUUUAGAUGGUUUUAG